GUUAAUUAACUCGAAAAUUAAACCGAAAGUCAAAAGAUAGGCGAAACCAAAAAAGAAUCCGAAAGCGCAGGCUGCUUCCACAAAGAACUUCUUCCCCAUUUGAAACAGGUAAUUUACGCGGGUAAUAUACCGCCGAAUCACAGGAAAAAAAUUUGCGAGAAAUCCAAUCCCUAGAAACCACCAUAAUUCAAAAGGCUCCCUUCCCCCCAAUUGAUGAUUACGUCAGGCUGAGGAAGAUAUGGCGAUGGCGGGUUUGUACAGGCGUAUCCUCCCUUCUCCUCCUGCCAUUGAUUUUGCUUCCGUCGAGGGAAAGCAACUGUUUGUGGAGGCUAUUCAAAAUGGAACCAUGGAGGGUUUCUUUAAAUUGAUUUCUUAUUUUCAGACUCAAUCUGAACCUGCUUACUGCGGUUUGGCUAGCCUUUCCAUGGUCUUGAAUGCCCUUGCUAUUGAUCCGGGUCGAAAAUGGAAAGGGCCUUGGCGAUGGUUUGAUGAAUCUAUGUUGGACUGUUGUGAGCCCUUGGAGAAAGUCAAAGCUAAUGGUAUUGCCUUUGGGAAGGUAGCUUGUUUGGCUCGUUGUGCUGGAGCCAAAGUUGAGGCUUUUCGCGCACAUCAGAGCUCUGUUGAUGAUUUUCGUAAAUAUGUCAUCCAAUGUUCCACUUCAGAUAAUUGUCAUGUGAUUUCAUCAUAUCAUAGGGGUGCUUUCCGACAGACUGGAACAGGUCACUUUUCACCUAUUGGCGGCUAUCAUGCUGGCAGGGAUAUGGCAUUAAUUCUAGAUGUUGCACGGUUUAAAUAUCCACCUCAUUGGGUUCCACUUCCACUCCUCUGGGAAGCGAUGAAUACCAUAGAUGAAGCAACUGGACUGCACAGAGGGUUCAUGCUGAUAUCUAGACUUCACAGAGCUCCGGCAUUGCUGUACACAUUGAGCUGUAAACAUGAGAGUUGGGUCAGCAUUGCCAAGUUCCUGACCGAGGAAGUUCCGGUGAUUCUAACAUCAGAUGAUCUGAAGGGCGUAAAAGAUGUUUUCGCUAGUGUGUUCGCAUCUCUGCCUUCUAACUUUUCAGACUUUAUUAAGUGGGUUGCAGAAGUUCGUAGACAAGAGGAUGCUAAUGAAAAUUUAAGCGAAGAGGAGAGAGGGAGGGUUGCUGUUAAGGAAGAGGUUUUGAAACAAGUUCAGGAGACAAGUCUUUACAAGCAUGUCACUGAUCUUCUGUGUUGUGAAAAGUCAACCUGCCGGAUCAACCCAACUUUUAGUCAUGUAGAUAAUUUACCGAAUAUUGCAGCAAAUGUCUGUUGCCAAGGAGCAGGUCUCCUGGCUGGCAAAUUUAGCUCGCUGGACAGAUUUUGCUGCCAGGAGACAUGCGUGAGAUGCUAUAGAGCUAAUGGCAAUCGGCCGGUUACGGUGGUUUCUGGAAAGGUGGUCAAUGGCAAUGGGGAGCAAGAAAUUGAUAUGCUUGUCCCUUCUCUUGCCAACCUUAGUUGCUGUAAUUCUAGUUCUGAUAGUCGCCAUGGGAAGCAUCCAGAAAGCAAUGAUGUUCUGACGGUUCUUUUACUGGCAUUGCCAUCACAAACAUGGUCGGGAAUCAAAGAUGAGAAGGUUCUUCAGGAGAUAGAUAGUCUUGUUUCGGUGGAGAAUCUCCCUCUUAUGCUUCAAGAAGAGGUAUUGCAUUUGCGGGAUCAGCUCUGUUUCCUCAAGAGAUGCAAGGACGAUAAGGUAGAAGAGGAUAUUGGAGCACCUGGUUAAAACCAUUAUCUUUCUUGUUUUCUUGUCCAAUGGUUACCUCAUAAUGUUCCAUGGGAUCAUUAAAUAUGUGUUACUCACUACUCAGAAGUAUGCUAUAGGACAUACUGCAAACAGUCUGCUUUUUUUCAACUUUUUAGGUUCCAGAUCCAGAAUCAAGCAUUGUCUUUCCAGGUUUGCAACCUGUUGUCAAAGAGAAGAAAUGCGUUUCGCAGAGAGAAAGCUGCGGUUUGAAGCAUAAUUCUUUUUGGGAGAAUCAUCCCAUGAUGACCUACUCCAGCUCCUUGUCUUUACCGUGUCAACAAAAACCUCUUCUCAAAUGCAGUUCUAGGAAAUUGCCAUUUCAUCCAAUAAACAUUUUGGUCCGAAAGAGAUCUUCCAUGGCUUUUUUCACUCCUGCAUUGCAUUUGCCAUAUAGCACUGUCAGACUCUGAUUUGUUUUCCCCCCUUUUUAGUGGGUUGGGAGGGAUAUAUAUGCUUGGGCUUUGUAAAUUUCUAAUUUGUUAGUAGGAUGAGUUGAUCUUCAUAAAAGGCUCUCGAGGUGCAGCCUGACCUGAAAAAAUAGUUUACUUUGAUCCUUGUUACACGUAGAAAGGGAAAUUGCCCUUUCUGUAUUUACUGUUCGUUAACAUUUUUUCCUUUACUAGUUUUUUUUUUUUUUUUGUCAAAGUACGGUUUUUGCAUAAUGAAUACAACUACGUUUGGAUUUAUUGUUU